UCAGUAGUGUUGUUUUUACCAGUGUGAGAAAUUUGCAUUGUAAAUACAGACAGAAAGAAUUACAUAAGCCACAGUACAUGCACUUUUCAUAAACAUUAUCUGAUUAGUUUGAAUAUGUAGUCAAAAUGUAAGAUAUUACCACCCAUUACAUCUCUGAGGGUCUAUUAAAUUACACGAGAACAUAAAUCCUGUCACAACUCUUCUAUCAGAGGAUUUGUGACAAGAUCUUCAGUUGCGAUUCAAGAAUACGAAAAAAUCCAACAUGGGUUAUAACAGCUCUUGGACUUAUUUUUAUAUAGAAAUGAGUGCCAAAACGUUUGUGUCAGUGAAUGUGCCACUCUCUGCUAUUGGAAUUCUUCUAAACAUGUUUUUUGUCUUCUGCAUGGUCUUUCCACCACAAGGAGCAGAGCAACAGAAAAGAAUUCUCAAAGUUCUACUGGGAUCACUGGUUUGGUGCAACACUGUUAUUCAUUUGGUUUGUUUAUUCAUUGUUUUCUAUGAGUUUAUCAUGUGGAAUUUGGAUAUGAAAGUGAGUAUAUUAUUGGCUAUGUCGGAUGUGAUUUUGAAUGUUAUGAUAUACAGUAUGAUAACCAGCGUUACCUGCUGCCAUUGGAUGAAUAUGUUUUACUUCUGUCAGAUUGUUCCUCCUCAACAUCCUUUCCUCAUCUGGUUUAAGAGGAACAUCAGAGCUUUAAUUUACUCUGGUUUGGGUCUAAAUGCAAUCCUCUAUGUGUUUGGAAUGAGUGUAGAAAUUGCUUAUGAAAUUGUAGGGUUAAGUUAUUAUGCAGCAUAUAAUUCAACAGAUGACUUGGCAGAUAUUCUGUGGGAUUCCCUGCAAAUAAACCAUAAAAUAAAAUUAGUGAAUUUUUGGUGCAGGUUAGUCUUAUUCUUGCUCAGUGUUUGUGUGAUGUUGGCAUCAACCUUUGCGACUGUUCUCUAUCUGUGGAGACACAUGAAGAAUUUGGAGGAGAGUGGAGUCUCCUCUCCUCGCCUCCAGAGACAGAUAAAGAUAAUCAUUGCAGGCAUCACAACACAGGCAGUCCUUCACUUUCUCUGCUCAAAUGGGAUUUUAAUAGAUGAACUCGUGGUUAAAUACUCCUCAGUGGAUUUUGACUGGAAUGGAUACAUCCUCUACACCUUCAUCUCUCUGUAUUCUUUUGGGACAACCAUUAACAUGGGCAUCAGUCAGUCGCUGUUUCGACAGGGAGCCGUUCAUGUGUGGCAAAAUGUCUGCCAGACUCUUUUCUUAAAACUUUUUUUAUAA